UAUCCCCCAGCUGCACAGAGCUGGAGGACCGACUCCCAGCUACUUCGGGAGCCAAGCGACUCCCUUCCACAGGCACCGAUACUUCUGGGGACAAUGCACAUUCUUCUGUCUUCACCCACUUCACCGGGCCUCCCACCGCAGAUAGAUGAACAGGUCCUCGUUGAUUUUCUGCCGCAGACAGCACAGAUGCCACCUGCAGACUCUCCAUGCCGCACACAGGAGCCAGGGGCUCACCAGUUGCCACCAACAGCCCAAUCCCCUCAGCAGGAGCCACAGGGCUGAUGUGUUACUAUGCCUGACAGCCUGCAUUGCAUUCCUCAUCUACUGGAUCAAUGGCUCUAAGAAGAGUACAAGAAAUAUGCCUCCUGGACCUACCCCUCUCCCCCUCAUUGGGAACCUCCACUCGAUGGAUAUGAAUAGACCCUACAAGUCACUGAUGGAGCUUUCUGAGAAAUAUGGAGAAGUCUUUACUGUACAGUUUGGACCCAAGAAGGUGGUGAUAAUUGCUGGGUACAAAGCUGUGAAGGACGCUCUCAUCGUCCAAGCUGAUGAUUUCGGACAUAGGUUGGAAAUGCCCCUGUACAAGCUAUUCGGAGAAGAAAAGGGAAUAAUAGUUUCUAAUGGAGAAUUAUGGAAAUCUUUGAGGAGGUUUACACUGUCAACGCUACGAGACUUUGGAAUGGGAAAGAAAACAGUUCAAGAGAAAAUUCAAGAAGAAUUAAUCCCACUCAUAGAAACCAUCAAAUCUCACAAUAACAAACCAUUUGAUAGCCACAUUAUACUGAACAGUGCGGUGGCCAAUGUAAUCUGCUCUAUUGUUUUUGGGAAAAGGUUUGAGCAUGAUGAUGCAAAAUUUAAAAAACUAAGCAGAUUGAUGGAAGAAAACACCCAGCUAGCUGGUGAAUCAAAACUGAUGGUGUAUAAUUACUACCCUCUUAUCGGAACUCUUCUUGGCCUACAUAAGCAAAUAGUGAAGAACACCCAAGAUCAAAUUGAAUUUGUUUUAGAGUGUAUCAAAAUGCGAAGGCACGAGUUUGAUGAAAAUGACAUCACCGGAUUUAUUGAUGCCUAUUUUAUGAAGCAAAAACAGGAAUCAGUAGAAUCUGAAACAUAUUUUAAAGAUGAAAACUUGGUCUACACAGUUCUGGAUUUAUUUUCGGCUGGAAGCGAAACGACAUCUGCAUCGCUAGGCUGGGCUCUUUUACUGAUGGCAAAGUAUCCAGAAAUUCAAAAAAGGGUGCAGGAGGAAAUCAGGACACAUAUGAAGCCAGGACAGAUGCCUACAGCCGAUGAUAGAAGGAGUAUGCCUUAUACUGAUGCAGUGGUACAUGAAGUACAGAGGUUUGCCAAUAUCGUUCCCCUGAACUUGUCUCAUACAACUGUAAAUGAUGUGAAUUUUCGUGGUUACAGUAUUCCAAAGGGAACAGAGGUCAUUCCUCUUCUCACAUCCGUUCUUUAUGACAAGUCUCAGUGGAAAACUCCAUAUGAAUUUAACCCAAAUCACUUUCUGGAUUCAAGUGGGAAGUUUGUACGACCCGAGGCAUUUUUACCUUUCUCUGCAGGAAAAAGAGUUUGCGUUGGAGAAAGCUUGGCCAAGAUGGAACUUUUCCUGUUCUUUACCGGACUUCUUCAAGCAUUUACUUUCCACCCACCAGCUGGAGUCUCCAGGGAAGAUCUAAGUCUGGAUCCUGACAUUGGAUUACUUUUAAUCCCUAAACCACAUCUGAUAUGUGCAAAGCUCAACAACUAGUGUGCUGCCACCACAAAUACCCAGUAACAAGGCAGAUGUUUUUGUUGAUUCAUUUUGACCGAUUACAAAUGCCAAUACAGGUUGAGUAUCAUUAUCCAAAAGGCUUGGGACCAGAAGUAUUUUGGAUAUCAGAUUUUUCGGUAUUUUGGAAUAAUUGCAUACCAUAACCAUAAUAAGAUAUCAUGGUGAUAGGACCCAAGUCUAAGUACAGAAUGCAUUUAUGUUUCAUAUACACCUUAUACACACAGCCUGAAGGUCAUUUUAGCCAAUAUUUUUAAUAACUUUGUGCAUUAAACAAAGUGUGUGUACAUUCACACAAUUCAUUUAUGUUUCAAAUACACCUUAUACCAGAGGUUCCCAAAUGCAGUCCUCAAGGCACUCCAACAGUCCAGGUUUUAGGUAUAUCCAUGGCUCAGCACAGAUGGUUAAAUCAAAUUGACUAAAGUGCUACUUACAUCACUUGUGGCCAAACAGGAAUACAUUUAAAACCAGGACCGUUGGGGCGCCUUGAGGACCGCGUUUGGGAACCUCUGCCUUAUACACACAGCCUGAAGGUCAUUAAAUACAAUAUUUUUAAUAACUUUGUGUAUUAAACGUUUGUGUACAUUGAGCCAUCAUAAAACAAAGGUUUCACUAUUUCAAUCUCACUCAAAAAAUUCCGUAAUUUGAAAUAUUUGGAUAUGGGAUACUCAACCUAUAUUACUUUUCCUGUGUUAUUCUUCUAUUCUAAUAUAAUAAACAUUAAAUUCACCAUGGGGUAAUCUCAUGGUCACUGA